ACAAACAGUAUCCUCACGCCGAGAAUACAUGAAAGUAUAAGAUAGUAACAACAUCACCACACAUGGUAUUAAUUUUGUAUCAGGUUAGAAAAUGAUGUAGCGUUAACACGUCAUUAACAACAUUACAGAAAUGCACUUUGUCAAGGUGUGCCUGGAAGAAGCAGCAGGAAGGUCGUGUCUGUCAUGUCACAGCAGUGUGUACUUAGAGCACAUGGCUUAUUGAGGAUGUGGAGGGCAGGUCGUGUCCUGAGUGGGAAGUUGCCAGGGAGACUCUACUCCAGCAAACCUCCAAAACCUUCAUCCUCCUCCUCCUCCUCCUCAUCAUCAUCAUCGCUGUCAAACUCUCCUCUGCGGCCUCAGGCAGAGAAACACAGGCGGAGAAAAGAGAGAGAGAGGGCCAUACUGUCAGGUCAACACAAUACCAGUGAAGAGGACAGUGUGAAAUGGAGCGAGAAACAGAGGAUAGAGUAUACUGCUCAAACACCUGCUGGGACAAAGAAAGACACCAGCCUGCCGUUCCCGUCCUCGUACAGCCCAGAGUACGUAGAGCCCAGCUGGUAUCAGUGGUGGGAGAAGGAAGGAAUGUUCAGCCCCGAACAGCAUGAGACGUUAUCUCACGCUGUGGAUCGGACCUUUUCCCUGUGUAUCCCUCCACCAAAUGUGACUGGUACUCUGCACCUGGGCCACGCUCUGACUGUAGCUGUAGAAGAUGCUCUGGUUCGAUGGAGAAGGAUGCAGGGCCACAGAGUGCUGUGGGUUCCUGGAUGUGACCAUGCAGGUAUCGCCACACAGACGGUGGUGGAGAGGAUGCUACUGAGGGACAAAGGGAAGCGCAGACAGGAUUUCACCAGAGAAGAGUUUCUACAGGAGGUGUGGAAAUGGAAGAACGAGAAGGGAGGAGAGAUCUAUCACCAGCUGAGGAGGCUCGGAGCUUCUUUGGACUGGAGCAGAGCCUGUUUCACCAUGGAUCCAGGUUUCAGCAGGGCUGUAACUGAAGCGUUUGUCAGGCUGUGUGACUCUGGUCUGAUCUAUCGUUCAGAAGGAAUGGUCAACUGGAGCUGUGCUCUGGAAUCUGCCAUCUCUGACAUUGAGGUUGACUCAAAGGAGCUGUCUGGACCGACCAUGUUGUCUGUUCCUGGUUAUGAACAGCAGGUGGAGUUUGGAACAAUGCUCACCUUUGCGUACCCUUUAGAAGGCUGCAAUGGAGAGGUGGCCGUGUCCACCACCCGUCCUGAGACUAUGCUGGGAGAUGUAGCUGUAGCUGUUCACCCUGACGACCCUCGAUACCAGGCUGUUCAUGGGAAGCAGUGCCUUCACCCCUUCACUAACAGACUGCUGCCCAUCAUCACUGAUACAAUGGUGGACAUGGAGUUAGGAACAGGUGCAGUGAAGGUGACUCCUGCUCAUGACCACUCUGACUUUCUGCUGUCACAGAGACACUCACUGCCACGUCUCACUGUGAUUGGAGAAGAUGGGAUGAUGACUCCACUGUGUGGACACUGGCUGGAGGGAGUGAAGCGUUUUGAUGCCAGACAGCUGGUCACAGACGCUCUGGCUGAGAGGAAGCUGCUCAGAGACAAGAAGGAUCACGCCAUGACUUUACCCAUCUGCAGCCGCUCGGGCGAUAUCAUCGAGCCUCUUCUAAAGAAGCAGUGGUUCGUCCACUGUCAGGAAAUGGCUCAAAAAGCUGUACAGGCUGUGGAGGAUGGACAGCUGGAAAUCAUCCCUCACUAUUACAGCAAGACAUGGAAGAACUGGCUGUCCAACAUCAGUGAUUGGUGUAUUUCCAGGCAGCUUUGGUGGGGUCAUCAGAUCCCUGCUUACAGAGUGGAGCUUGCUAAUUCCACUGACAAACAAGAGGAGCACUGGGUUUGGGGAAGGAGUGAGGAUGAGGCCCGACAGAGAGCUGCUGUCAAAUAUGGAGUGAAGCCAGAGGACAUCAGUCUGACUCAGGACUCUGAUGUUCUGGAUACAUGGUUCUCCUCUGGGCUGUUUCCAUUUGCCAUGCUGGGCUGGCCUCAGCAGACCACAGACCUCCAGCGCUUCUACCCCAACAACAUCCUGGAGACAGGAAGUGACCUAAUCUUCUUCUGGGUGGCAAGGAUGGUGAUGCUGGGCACAGAGCUGACUGGCCAGCUGCCAUUUAAACAGGUUCUGCUUCACUCUUUGGUGAGAGAUAAACACGGCAGGAAAAUGAGUAAAUCUCUGGGAAACGUCAUUGAUCCUUUAGAUGUUAUACACGGAGUCUCUUUGGAGAGGCUUCAAGAGAAAGUGAAGGAGGGAAACCUCGACCCUAGGGAGCAGAUGGUUGCCAUGGAAGCACAGAGGAAAGACUUCCCCAAGGGAAUCCCUCAGUGUGGGACUGACGCUCUGAGAUUUGCCCUUUGCUCUCACAAGAUGCAGGGAGAAGACAUCAGUCUGUCCAUCUCUCAGGUCCUGAGCUGCAGACACUUCUGUAAUAAAAUGUGGCAGACACUGAGAUUCACACUGGGAGUGUUGGGUGACAGCACAACAGCAGUGGGAGCACUGGAGGAGACGACUCCUCUGAGCAGCAUGGACCGCUGGGUUUGCUCCAGACUCUACAGCACAGUGGCACAGUGUGAGCACAGCUUUGAAGCCUACGAGCUGCACACUGUCACAUCUGCCCUGUACUCCUUCUGGGUCCACAGCCUGUGUGAUGUUUACUUGGAGUGUGUGAAGCCUGUGCUGGUGCAGCAGGAUGACACAGAGCACAGUAGCAGAGGCAGGCAGGUAGCCAGCAGCAGCGUCCUCUAUCACUGCGUGUCUGUGUCUCUGGCCCUUCUCUCCCCCUUCAUGCCCUUCCUCACUGAGGAGCUGUGGCAGAGACUCCAGCCAUUCAGACCUGGAGCUGCAGCCCCAAUGAGCCUGUGUCUCCAGCCAUACCCCCGCUCCUCUCAACUGGCACACUGGCAUUUCCCUGAAGAGGAAAGGGAUUUCUUACUGGUCCAGGAAGUGAUCCGUGUGGCCCGCUCUCUGAGAGCUCAGUGUGGUAUGACCAAAGAAAAACCUGCCAUGUGGGCCGUGUGUUCACCCAGCCAGGCUCAGACCCUCCUUCACUUUGGCUCUGCAGUUUGGACUUUAAGUCGAAUCUCCAGCCUCCAUAUCUACUGUCCUCAGGCAGGAGAAGGUGUCCUCUCUGUCUCCUCCACUCCUCCACCUGAAGGAAGCCUUGUUGGUGUGGUGGACCACACAUGUCAGCUGCACCUUCAUGUUCAGAAUGGAAUGAGAGUUGACAAACAGAUCGCUCAGCUCACUCAGCGCAGAGUCAAGCUUCUUCCCAAACUGGAGGAGAUCCUCUGCAGAAUGCAGUCACCACACUACAUGAGCAAGGUCCCAGCUCAGGUCAGGCAGCAGAUGGACAGUAAGAUGUCAGCCGUGCAGCAGGAACUGAAGAACAUUGAGGAUCAGCUGAAGUUGCUGCAAGAGACACAAACAACAGAGUAAAUACAAGCAGGAGGUGUUAGAGUAACUGUGAGGACUGCUGGACAUCAGAACCACACCUGAUGAUAAUAACUGAACACUUGAUGAACUGUUAAUGUUGUCUGAGCAGAGAAUCAUUGUUGUAGGAAUUACAUAUUGCAGCACAUCACUGUCACUGCAGGAUUUUAAUGUAUAAUGAAUAACUCAGAAGGAUUUGUAGAGGUUGCAGACGUCCAUGGAAAGGGAAAUCAAUGCAUUGUACUAGUGCACAGGUGGAAUAAUGGAAGUUUUCAGCAGUCUGUUGGUUUCUCCUGAUCAUGUAGUGGUUGUGUCAUUUCUCUUAAAAAUCCUCCAUAUUGUUACCUGUAUUUAAUAUGAAUGUGUUUUCUCAAACAGAUGUUACUUUGUUGUGACUAAAAAUUUGAAAGGACGGAGGAAUCUGGGUUUUUUGCUUUAAUACUCAACAUGUAUGUAGAAAACUCAGUGUCAGUCUGUUGGCACUUAUUACUUCUGUUUAAAAAAAUAAUUUGUCAGUUAUAUUUAAUAAUUUAAAUUGAUACAAUUAGCUUUAUUCACAUGAUUGAACAAUGCCUGCUACAGUUUUUUAUGGUUUUUUUUUAAAGGAGCACACCACCAAUUUCACAGUUCUCAUUAAAAUAAAAAGUUGUCAUGUGAAAUACUAUCCAGUCUCUGAAAACAUCUGUACUGUUAUAUAUAAUAUAUAUAUAAUAUCAGACCUUCCAUAACACUGGAGGAAGAUAUUGAAUACAGUGUACAAAAGAUAAGAGUUCAAUAUUACACAACAUCAGGACUUUUAGU